AUGAAUGUUUCCCCUGUAGCAGGUGAAAUACCUGAUGACAUUGGCAACCUACAAAGUCUGGACUAUCUGAAUCUGGCUUUCAACAAUUUAACUGGUGUAAUGCCACCCACUACCUUCAACAUCUCAACCAUAAGAGUCAUUGAACUAGAAAACAAUAACCUCUAUGGUCAUCUUGAAUCAAGCAUAGGUCUUUUGGUUCCAAAUCUUGAGGAGCUUUACCUGUGGGGAAAUAACCUUAAUGGAGUGAUCCCAGCUUCUAUAUCCAAUCUUUCCCAACUCGUACUCCUGGAAUUGGGCUCAAACUUUUUUUCAGGCCAUAUACCAGAUACACUUGGAAACCUAAAAUCCCUCCAAUUACUCAGCCUGCACCAUAAUAAUUUGACGGCACAAUCUUCUGAUUCUCCUUGGGGCUUUCUCUAUUCUUUGGCAAAUUGCAGACAGUUGAGAGUAAUCGACUUAUCAUAUAAUCCCUUGGCCGGCAGCCUUCCAAUCUCUAUUGGAAACCUCUCUUCAUCUGUUCAGAAGUUAUAUGCCAUAAAUUGCAGAAUUAGGGGUGGUCUUCCUAAAGAGAUUGGUAACUUAAGCAAUCUGAUAGAUUUAGGCCUUGACAGCAAUGAAUUGACUGGAGUUCUUCCAGCCACAAUUGGUAGACUACAAAAUCUACAAGCACUCUAUGUUCCUCAAAACAAAUUACAAGGAUAUAUUUCUCCUGAACUGUGUCAGUUACAGAGUCUGUAUGCUUUGAUCUUGAAUGAUAAUGGCUUUCACGGUUCUUUGCCUGAAUGCCUAUAUAACUUGUCUUCCCUUAGAAAUUUAGACUUAAGCUCCAAUCAGCUAACUUCUGCUGUACCAUCUACCUUAUGGAGACUCACUGGCAUGUUGCAAAUAAACUUGUCUUUGAAUUCAUUAACUGGCAAUCUCCCUAUGGAUAUUGAAAGUUUGGAGGCCUUGACGAAACUAGACUUAUCAAGGAAUCAAUUUUUCGGUAAUCUUCCAGAAAGCAUUGGAGGCCUAAAAGAUCUUCUGUAUCUUUCCUUGGCAAAAAAUGGCUUACAAGGACAUAUUCCCGAGUCAUUUGGAAAUCUGAUAAGCCUGGAAUUCUUGGAUCUCUCUUACAACAACCUUUCAGGAGUUAUUCCCAAAUCC